AUGGCUUCACAUUGCUUCCUUCGAUAUCCUUCAUCCUCGUUUUCCCUAAACCCCAAAUUCAGAAUCCUUCCAAAAACCCCUUAUCUCCCUUCCAUCUCCUCGCGAAUUCAAACCCCAAAACCCGACAAUGACGACAACAAAGACCACGACCACCAAACCCCAAACCACAACCGCUUCGACUUCCUCAAACUCUCCGUAACCUUCACUGUCAUCGCCGCCUCCCUGCCCCAACCCGCCGCCGCCGCUGCCUCCGUCACCAAGGGCAAAAAACGCUCAUCCAGAAAACAGUCCGCCAAAAAACCCGAAGCUCUCUCGCCGGAGGAGCUUAAAACAUGGUCUUCCGGCCUUCCCAUGGUCCACGAUCGCCUUCCCUACAGCGAAAUCAUCGAACUCAAGAAGGAUGGGAAGCUGAAGCACAUUAUCAAACCCACUACCGCGAAAUUGAGGCAACGUAGCGAAGCGGUUCUGGUUGUCUUGGAUGAUUCGAGAGUGUUGAGGACAGUAUUGCCUUCGGUUGAGAGUCACAGCGUGUUUUGGGAUUCAUGGGAUGAGUUGAAGAUUGAUUCAAUGUGUGUGAAUGCAUACACACCACCCAUUAAGAGUCCAGAGUGGCCUACUCCUCUGUUUUCAAGCAUUUUCUUUCCCCCUUCUGUGCAGAAAUUCCUUACUGACAAUGCUGAUGAUAUCCCAAUAAAGCCCAAGAAGGAGUCCAAGAAGGCUGCGGAGUAUAGGAAAAUGAGGAUGGAGUUGAAGAGGGAGAAGGACGAGGAGCUGAGGAAGCUGAGGCAAGAGAGGGAGACUAGGGAGAGGAAUAUUAGGGCUCAGAAGAAGGAGGAAGAGAGGAGGAGGAGGAGGGAGAUAAAGAAGAGGAAGUACCGGGAAUCGUUGCGUCAGGCGAGUGAGAGAAACGAGACAAUGGCCUAUUUUUGGUAUGAUUUGGCUAACAAUAGCAAUGUGACUAAUGCACUUGGGGUGCUGUUCUUCUACCUUUUUUACAGGACUGUGGUUCUUAGUUAUAGGAAGCAUAAGAAGGACUAUGAGGACAGGCUCAAGAUUGAGAGGGCUGAGGCCGAGGAGAGGAGGAAGAUGAGGGAGCUGGAUUGGGAGAUGGACGGGAUUGAGGGUGAUGAUGAGGAGAGUGAGCAGGGGAAAGAGGAGAAUGCUUAUAUGAAAAUGGCGAAGCAGUUUAUGAGAUCGGGAGCACGUGUGAGGAGAGCGCAGAACAAAAGACUUCCUCAGUAUCUAGAGAGAGGUGUGGAUGUCAAGUUUAGUGAUGUUGCUGGGCUGGGAAAAAUUCGGCUUGAACUUGAGGAGAUUGUCAAGUUCUUUACUCAUGGAGAGAUGUACCGAAGGAGGGGAGUGAAAAUACCAGGUGGCAUACUUCUUUGUGGCCCCCCUGGAGUGGGAAAGACAUUGCUGGCCAAGGCAGUGGCUGGUGAGGCGGGGGUUAAUUUCUUCUCUAUUUCUGCGUCACAGUUCGUGGAAAUAUAUGUUGGUGUUGGGGCUUCUCGUGUCCGUGCACUUUACCAAGAAGCAAGGGAAAAUGCCCCAUCUGUUGUCUUCAUUGAUGAGCUGGAUGCUGUUGGAAGGGAGCGUGGCUUGAUUAAAGGUUCUGGUGGACAGGAACGUGAUGCUACUCUUAAUCAGCUCCUGGUGUGCUUAGAUGGGUUUGAAGGAAGGGGAGAGGUGAUCACUAUUGCAUCCACAAACCGACCAGACAUUCUGGAUCCUGCACUUGUGAGACCUGGCAGGUUUGAUCGGAAAAUAUAUAUCCCCAAGCCCGGCCUAAUUGGCCGCAUAGAAAUUCUUAAGGUCCAUGCUCGUAAAAAGCCAAUGGCUGAAGAUGUGGAUUACAUGGCUGUUGCUAGUAUGACUGAUGGAAUGGUUGGUGCAGAGUUAGCCAACAUAAUUGAGGUUGCUGCCAUCAAUAUGAUGCGUGACUCAAGGACCGAGAUUACUACUGAUGACUUAUUGCAAGCUGCACAAAUGGAAGAAAGAGGAAUGCUAGAUAGAAAGGAAAGAAGCAGUGAGACAUGGAAACAAGUAGCUAUAAACGAAGCUGCAAUGGCUGUUGUGGCUGUGAACUUUCCUGAUCUUAAAAAUAUAGAGUUUGUCACAAUUGCUCCUAGAGCUGGUAGGGAACUAGGCUAUGUGCGGGUGAAGAUGGAUUCAGUCAAAUUUAAUAAUGGAAUGCUCACUCGACAAUCCCUCCUUGAUCAUAUUACUGUUCAACUAGCUCCACGUGCAGCUGAUGAACUAUGGUUUGGGAGUGGUCAGUUGAGUACGAUAUGGGCUGAAACUGCAGACAAUGCUAGGUCUGCAGCAAGGACGUUUGUUCUUGGUGGGCUUUCCGAGAAGUAUCAUGGCAUGUCCAACUUCUGGGUGUCAGACCGAAUUAAUGAUAUUGAUUCGGAAGCAAUGCGAAUUCUGGACUCGUGUUAUGAACGAGCAAAAGAGAUCCUGGAGCAAAAUAGAACGCUGAUGGAUGCUGUGGUGAAUGAACUGGUUGAGAAGAAAAGCUUAACCAAACAAGAGUUCUUCCGUCUAGUAGAUUUGCACGGCUCCCUAAAACCAAUGCCACCCAGCGUACUUGACAUAAGAAUUGCCAAGUGUAGAGAAUUCCAAAACCUGAUUAAUAGUGGAAAGGAAACAAGUUUGAGUACCCACGCAUGA